AAUAGAAUAACUCAAGGUUAAAUAUUUACUACGUGUAAAUUGUUUACUUACAAAAAUCCCAUAUUCGGCAAUAUUUACUUAUUCCUAUUGUUCCCAACGAACUGUUCAUUUAAUCACCAUGUCGAGCCCAAAAAAUGAAUGUGAACUUAAAGGUGGUCACCCGCCAGCAGUGAAAGCAGGGGGUAUGCGUAUUACGCAGCAUAAAACAAGAAAAGACUCUGGCGGACUAUCUGAAGACACUACUGGAUUAACUAUUACUAGUAGUCCCCCAAAAACAUUAACAAUUUCAGGUGCUGUUGCUAGAGGGUAUGCUGAUUUUCCAACAGAAGCUGUGCAGAGCUUCCAUAAGGAAAAACCUCCUGUACAACAUGCCAUGAAACCACAGGUCAAUAUUCAACAGCCAAGAAAAUGAGUAUCAUCUUAUGUGAUGGACUUCUGGGGCAUUUUUGCUCCUAAAAUCAUUAAUAUUAGUAAAUUUCUUACAAAAUGAUUUAUUUCUGUUUAAUAUCGGACACAUAAACAUAUGCAUAUAUUUUAAUCAGAAAUUCCAAUUGGUAUAGCCGUUGAUUGAGGUAUUUAAUCAACGAUAUAGCUUUGAAUUUUUAUACUGGGUUGGGAAAUGUUUUUUUGCUUGGUUUAUUGCUUCAUGCUUUUACAUAAAGAUGAUGCUGAAAAAUUAGUAUUGAUAAUAAUUCUGCGUUAGUUUUAAGCAUUUAAAGACUUCCUUUUAUUUCUGGAUUAAGUUGAUAAUUCUAAAUUACUCAACUUCAUAUACCUAUAAAUGAGUUAAAAUAUUAAUUCUGUACAGUUCCUUUGUAUGCAUCUAACAAAAAUUUGUAAGAUACUUAAUAAGGCAUUUCAAUUUUAUAAGGUGAUGGAAAUAUGAGGAUAUUGUUGAUACAUGUUGAAUAGAUUUCUAGUAUUUAAACUAGUAUCCUGUAUACAUAUGAUAAACUUUUAUUUUGAAAAUUUUAUAAAGAAGUUUGAAGUU